AUGUACCACAUUCCCGUAGCUGCGCCCUUGGGAGUGUACGGCACUCCUGCCGUUCCAGUGCCGUACAGCCCCGCGCCGUACGGAGCUCCAGCACACCCUGGCGCGUAUCCUCGAGGAGCUGUCGAAGCUUGGGAACCUGGCGUCGACCCUCGUGCUGAUCGAAGAAGCGAAGCGACUCGCGACGUUCGCCGAACAAGUCGCGCGCCGAUUUCCGCCACUGGCCGCGAUCGCGGAGACCUGCGCAGCGGGUCGCAUGCUGCGGCGAACGCACAGUCUGAAGAAAACAAAAUUUUCGUCGGGAACUUGAAUCAGCAAACCACGACGGAAACCCUUUCGGCAUACAUGAAGCAGUUCGGAGCGGUGGAAGACGUCGUGGUCAUGGUCGACAAAGUCACAGGAAACAGCAGAGGUUUCGGUUUCGUCACUUUCGCCGACGCUUCGUCUGUCACCAGCUGCGUGGGCGCGGAGAAGCAUGUGAUAGACGGCCAGGAGGUUGAUGUCAGGAAUGCUGUUCCAAAGGGCCAGAUGGUGAACAAGAACGCAGAUGACGAUCAACAUAGCAAAGUCUUCGUCGGAGGAAUCCCAGAGACUCUCACUGAAGAGCGGCUGUCAGCCUUUCUCUCCGAGCGUUUCGGCAGCGUGAAGAAAGUGUCUCUCAUGCACGACAAGAACACUGGCCGUUGCCGGGGCUUCGGGUUCGUCACCUUCCAGUUUCCUCACAGUGCGCAGAACUGCGUCGGAAAGCACGACGUCGAUGGCCACGUCAUCGAGGUGAAGAAGGCGGAGCCGAGGUUUGCGACAGCGAAGCCUCUUUUGGGUGAUGAGCGACGCGGCGAAGACAGACUGAGAGGAAGAGAGGAUAACGGCUACGACAGACCCCACGCUGGCCUCUACGGUGCACCCCCCGAGAUUGACCUAUACGGUGCAGGACCCAUGCGGCGAGGGCAUUACCCAACCCUGCGGCCGGCGACGCGAGCGGACUAUGACGGUUACGCUGGGCGCCCGUAUGUGCCUCCCUCAGACCCUUACGCAGCCGCUCCCGUCGCACACUAUCCGCCGGUGGCUACAACUCCGGUAGCGGCAACGGUGCCAGCAUACAGUUUGCCUCCAGCCACUGCGCCAGGCCCGUACAUGGCGUCGCCAUCGUCGCCGACUUCUUUGCAUCCGGCUUCUGUUGGAGCUGUGUAUCAGCAAGUGUACCCGGCGCACUCUGUGGCACCAGAGCAAGCCCCGGGUGAAUCUUAUGGUCAGUACGCAGCGGCCGGAGCGGCUACGCCUGCUGGCGACGCAGUCGUCGAUCCGUAUGACAUUCGCAGUGCAGCUAGUAGACAGGCCCGAUACGCACGACCUCCUGCGUCGAGGGUCCACCCGUACUAA